GUGGCGAAGGCGGCGUUCCGCCAUUUUGUGGACGUCGGGGGAGUAGCGCAACAGCUGCGCGGGGACGGAGCCGGGAGGAGCGGGAAAAACCUAGUCGAGCGGUGGCAGUCGGAUCCCCGCCUGUUAAGCCACAGCACCCGAGAUGCAUCGAGACUCUUGUCCACUGGAUUGUAAGGUUUAUGUAGGUAACCUUGGUAACAAUGGCAACAAGACUGAAUUGGAGAGAGCAUUUGGAUAUUAUGGACCACUCCGAAGUGUGUGGGUUGCAAGAAAUCCUCCCGGCUUUGCUUUUGUUGAAUUUGAAGAUCCCAGAGAUGCAGCUGAUGCUGUUAGAGAGCUAGAUGGAAGAACACUUUGUGGCUGCCGGGUAAGAGUGGAACUGUCGAAUGGUGAAAAAAGAAGUCGUAAUCGUGGUCCACCACCGUCUUGGGGUCGUCGCCCAAGGGAUGAUUAUCGGAGAAGAAGUCCUCCACCCCGCCGCAGAUCACCACGAAGAAGAAGCUUUUCUCGCAGCCGGAGCAGGUCCCUUUCAAGAGAUAGAAGAAGAGAGAGAUCACUGUCACGGGAGAGAAAUCAUAAGCCUUCUCGUUCCUUUUCCAGGUCUCGUAGUCGCUCUAGGUCAAAUGAAAGGAAAUAGAACAUCGGCCUUCAAGAGGAGUGAUGUACAGGAAGUAGCCCUUCAUUUGACAGGAGCAUGUACAGAACAUUACAAGUUUUGUUUGAGCCUUCAUAAGCUCAGUGCAUUUUUAAAAUGUUUUAGCUGUUAAAAUUUGUUUAUUGUCUUGUAACGGUGACACAUGUAAAGAUGUGUAUCUGUAUGGUUUGAAACAGAUCAUAUAAGGCAUGUAAUACCAAGAAUUUGUUACUUUACAAUGUUCCCUUAAACACAAUUUUAAUUUCUAUUGAUUGCUAUUCAGUUUAUUUUGCAUCAAUUUGCAAAUAAACUCAUAAAACCUGUAGUGGCCAAAAAUGACAUCUUGACUGUGUCUUCUGGGGGGAAAAUGAUAGACCACAUUGGAGAGAGCCUUAAUUUUUGUCCACAGCAGAGUUCUUUCAUGCAACUGCAGUUAAACAAUCCAGUGUUUCAAAGCUCCUCUUAGAAUAGGCCAGCAGGUAAAUUGGGAAAUAAAAAACAUACUAAAAUUAAGACUAUUGUUCAAAAGAUGUGGCAGUUUUGAGAAAAGAAAACAAUUCUAAGUGGACACAUACCUUAAGUGAAAACCUUAAGAGGUUUCAAAGAUGUUUAGUUUUUCCACUAAGUCAUGGAUGAUUUUUUUUGGUAGUUUAAGCACCAUGAGUAAAUAACCAGUGAUAUUCAAAAUUAACCAUUCACACAAUAGUUUUAAGGGUACAUUGUAGAGAUGAAACUUUUGAGUUACUGUGCAAGAUUUUUUUCAUGAUGUCAUUUGUAACAUGUUUUGUGAGAUCCUUGGGAUUAAAGUUUUGGUUACAAAUUGUUGCUUAACUUGAAUACUUAAAAAGUUUUCCUUGUAGAACCUAAUUCAGCCUAUGAGCUUGGUACAUAUGCAGUCCAGGUUUAGACAUUCCUAUCAGAAGCCAUACUUAUAUUUUUCUUGUUAAAGUGCUUUUGGAGUAAUAAAAUACUAGCUAGCCUAUUUGUGUGAUAGCCAGUUGAAUCCACUGUUCAUCACAGUUCUUGUAUGAAAGCAGUUGAUUGCACAAAGCUGCUAUUUUAUGAGUUGGACUUAAUUACUUUGAGAGUGGUUUCUUGGUGGGGUGGUUUUUUUCUGCUUAGGUAAUAAGUUGUCCACUCCUUAAAAAGAGAAGCCAGUUCAGGGUUCAUGAUACGCAAUUUGCUCAGAUAAAUAAUUCUAGGAUAUAUUUCAUUGUAAUCCAAAUUGAAAUGGCCAUAAAGGCUUUCAGCAUGAAAACAAUUCUCACUUAAAUUUAGAUUGCUUCCAUUCUAUAAGUUGAGGUCUUGCAUGGAAAUUUCCAAACUAAGCAUCAUGAUGUAAAAUUCACAUUAUAACUCAAAUGUAACAGUGCAGAAAACUGAAUAAUAUGGAGGCAUGUUUAACCUUCCUAGAUACUGGGAGGGAUUGUAAUUUCAAACUUUUGUGCACUUAGAUUAAAUCAUAAUGCAACAGUUUUGUGGCUUAGUUUCCUUAAAUGUGCUUUUUAAAAAGUAGUCGUGGGUGAUGUUCUGUUCUUAAUAUCAGUUCAGGCAUUGUGUUAAUGAGAGAAAAUUCUGAGUAAGUUUCAUUUGAAAUAUGUCCUGAACCUUUAUGAAAAAUUCAGGAUAUUUGAGACCUAACUCAGCUUGGGUUUUAAGUGUGUCUCUAGGACAGGAUUUUUGCUAACCUCUGAGAAGACCAAGAAUUAGCAACAGUAGCAAAAUAGUAAGAUGCUUGAUCUGAUUUUAGUUGCUCCUAAAGGAAGCCUUCUAAUCCCCCAAAAGAGCUAAACUGAAGAGUGGGGGAGAAUUUUACUUAAAAUGAAGCAUACCUUUUAUUCCACAAUGCUAAAAGCAUUUUGAUAUUCUGCUUCUUGACUUGGGUUGGGGAGGUCUCACUCAGAUCACACCAUUCCAAGGUGGGGGUUUCAUCUUGGCAUAUACCCCUCAAGAAACCUCACCUCAUGGUUUAGUCCUUCAGACCAUGAAACCUUAUUUGUUGCUAUCCAAGGACUCCUUGAAAUAUAUGGGCAUGUCCUCCCCAUAUCCCCCAAGAAAUGUUCCCUUGAGGUAUUUGUAGUAUAAUAUGCUUUGGGAUAUGUAAAUCUGCAUAAGUUACAUGACUUCACUUUUGUCUAAAAUAAAGAGCCAGAAAUAGCUUGGGGAGAAACAAGCUCAUUUUUAUAGCAUGUUACUUAUACAAUCCUGGGAAAGACAUGGGCUCAAGGAGGACAACUUGCAUAGCAUCACAUGACUAGAACUGGAUUGGAUUCAAACCCACUUAAAAGCUACAGGCUGCCUUUGUGCUCUUCAGUCAUCAUUAGUUAUACUAGGUGAUGAGAUACAAAGUUUACAUAAUUCCCUGUUGUCAAGGAGCAAGCUUCUAUUUAAUUGUCCCCAGCAUUAAAAUUUUUGAGAAAGUAAUCUUUAAACUUGGAAUUGUGAGGCAAUUUAAACUACCAUGUCAAAAGUUCAAUUUGCAGUAUACAGAUUAGAGUGUCCACUAGAGGUCACUAUCUUAAUUUUGAUUCUAAUUGAAGGAAGAUUUUUAUAUUUUGUAAUUCAAAACUCAGAUAUUUAUGCAUCUUAGUUGAGUGUUUCUGUGCUGCCAGUUCUGUCAUUCCCUUUGUGACUACCCUGGGUGUAUGUAAAGCAAAUUUGUCCUGUGUUGGAUCAUUUGAUCCCAGAUGGGGCAGUGGGUAGAGGCAAGGAAAGGACUUAAAUUGACAUGAGUGUGUGUUCUUAAAUACCUUGUAUUUGUAAUACUUGGCACUUUUUGGUCCUCACUAAUAUCCUUAAGUCAUACCUUUUAGUUCCUGUUGAAAUUGGGACUUAAACCCCCCUGUCUUGUGCUUCCCUGAUUUCAGAUUUGCAUAAGAAUAUAUUUGAUUAAAGUUAUUACUAAAUGUGGGGGAACUGGCAAGUAUUUUUAUUAUCAAAUUUAGUGCUUGAAGCAAUUAUGUGAUGAUUAGUUCCUCAAUGAGAAGGUUUAUGGGAUACAUUGCUAAUUACGUAACUUUUAGUUUCCAUUUUUGCUGUUUAAAAUAAUGUCUGAUUAUUAAAAUAAAGCUUUAAUAUAGUUCAAUACAGGCUUAUUGCCAGGUAUGUAGUCAUAAGGAAGCCAAAUAUUUAAGAUGCAAUGAUUGCAAAAAUUGUGCAAGUAUAAUAAUAGUGUCUUAUCCAGACUGACAUGCUUACUUUUAGAGCUUGGACCACAUUAUUGAGCAAGUCCUAAACUUUUGAUAAUAUGAAAUUAACCUAGAUUCUUGUUCUUCACCCUUGAAUUGCAGUUUAGUUCCUGAUAAUUGCCUUAUUCACAGUUUCUGGUGAAAUGGCUUGUCUUCCUUGGAAGUCGGAAGAAUUAACAGUUUUUCUGUAACCCAAAAGCUUACAUUCUAGAAGGAAGUUCAAAAAUAUGAAGUGUGGUGUUGAAACCACUGAGUUUGUAUUUUUCUCUUUCCAUAAUAGUUUAUAGUUGUUGCAAGCUAAAAAGUCAACUUGAUGACCAACUGUGGAGUGAAUAAGCCUUUAUGCAUGAACCGAACGAACUAGGCAGGUUCCUAGACAACUGUCUACUCCACGUCUCUACUUGGCAGUCAUUUCAGCUUAUGUAUUUGACACUGCUGUGAGGAGAUACAGCGUUUACUUGGAGAAAUCUUUGUAAUAUUACAUAGUACAGGAACUAAAGCUAUAAUAAAACACAAGCAAAAUCUGGUGCUGAAUUAAUCAUUUCAGAGGACAUUAGUAAUAUGAAGAUAGUGAUCAGAUUUGUCCUUGUGUUAACUAAAGUAAAUAGUCUGGGUUUUGUUUUUGUGGGAUUGUAAGGAGGGGAAAAGAAUACAAAACCAUCCUAACCCCUGGCAUCCAGUGGCUUUUGUAAUGGGCAGUAAAUAUGUAAAUAUGUCAACUAUGAAAAGAAUCUUAAGAGAAAGAUUUUCAAGUUCCAAAUUGAGUUUCUCAAACUUAAAACAUUUUCAGGACUGUAUAGAAGAUUGUACAUUAGAUUGUCAGUAUGUACUUAUGAAUCUUUGUUGGCAUGCUAUCAUGUAGAAUGGUAUGUGAAAUUGAGGAAGGUUGCUUUCUAUAAAUCCUUUUCAUUGA